AUGUCGGUCACCAUUCGAUAUGCCCGUUACCUUCUCUUCGCCGUCGUGGGAUUGGCGCUCUUCUUCGUCAUCUCAAAAUCCUCCAUCCCUCUUCCCAGCACGGGUUCCACCGCUCCUGCGCCCAAAAGCCCGCCUACCUAUGACUCGGUCAAGUCGCAAAAGCCAACUGUAAUUGGCCCCCACCAGUCUCAACGAGUAAACGCUACAUUCGUCACUUUGGCGCGCAACUCCGAUCUUUGGGACAUGGUCAAGUCUAUUCGAACCGUCGAGGACCGUUUCAACCGCAACUACAACUACGACUGGGUGUUCUUGAACGAUGACGAAUUCGACGAGGAAUUCAAGAAGAUUACCACUGCCCUGAUCUCCGGCCAAACUCACUAUGGAGUGAUUCCCAAGGAACACUGGUCUUACCCCGAGUGGAUUGACAAGGACAAGGCCAAGGAAGCGCGCGAGGAAAUGGACCGCAAGAAAAUCAUCUACGGAGGCUCAGAGAGCUACCGCCACAUGUGCCGCUAUGAGUCUGGAUUCUUCUUCCGCCACCCGCUUAUGAUGAACUUCGAGUACUACUGGCGCGUUGAGCCUAGUGUCGAGCUCUUCUGCGACAUUGACUCUGAUCCAUUCCGUUUCAUGAAAGAAAACAACAAGAAGUACAGCUUUGUCAUCAGUCUGUACGAGUAUGUCGCGACCAUCCCUACCCUGUGGGAUAGCGUGAAGAAGUUCACCGGCAGUCACCCCGAAUACGUUAGCGAAGGAAACGCCAUGGAGUUCAUCAGUGCUGAUGGUGGAGACACCUACAACAACUGCCACUUCUGGUCGAACUUCGAGAUUGGCAGCCUGGAAUGGCUGCGAUCUGAUGCAUAUGUGGACUACUUCACAUCUUUGGACAAAGAUGGUGGCUUCUUCUAUGAGCGAUGGGGCGAUGCCCCUGUCCACUCCAUUGCUGCCUCUAUCAUGUUGAAGAAGGAAGAGAUCCACUUCUGGGACGACAUUGCAUACUACCAUGUUCCAUUCACACAUUGUCCUACCGACGAAAAGAAACGACUGGACCUGAGAUGUUCUUGCCAACCCAAGGAGAACUUCGAUUGGAAGGAUUAUUCAUGCACCAAGCGGUGGUUUGACAUCAACAAGAUGCCAAAGCCUAAUGGAUGGGAUAAGAAGCACGACUGA